AUGCACACUGUUUUGCUGUCAGAUUUGGUAUAUCCUUUGACAAAAAUAAGGAGGAACUUGAAUGAAAUGGACUUCAUGAAGUAUUAGAGGUGUCAGAAAAUCUCGAUGUUUUUCUAGCUAUUUCAAUAAGCAAGCUAUUUUCCUUAGUAUAAUCCAGUGAAACAGAUCAUAUUUUGGAUCAGCACAUCAUUUCGCAUGUUAAUCAACAAACUCUUUUAGUCUAGCCAUCAUCAUAUAAUGUCUUUGUGAUAACGCUUCCAGUACAGUUUUAGAAGAACUUUAAUAAUUACAUGUGAAUCAUACUGAGUAGCUAUCCUAAAUCCCUCCUUUGUUUUAUGUCAGCAUGUCAUUUUCUAAGUAUUAGUUUAUCCAAUUUCAAAUACAUUUAGUGUGGAUUACCUUCCAUAUGCUGGAUGUAAUAAUUAAUUUGAGACCUCAGAGGUUUGAGUUAGACAAUGAAAUCUAGAAGGAGCAGAAUAUUGAAGUGCAUUGAUUUCAAAACCUCAAUAAAAAAAUGAAUUCAGGUAUGCAUCACUACCAAUCGUUGCAAACAGUAUGAUGCAUGCCCUUCAGGAUAUACAGUAAUAGUAUCAGAGUAAUAAUGUAUAGAUAUUUUCUUUGAAUCUGUAAGAUAAAAGAGACAGUUACUAUUGUUAAAAUCAUAGCCAUCAAGACGUUUUGAAUCUACAGUUUUUGCAAUUUUUUAGGCAUUUAAAACAAGAGCCUGAGUUUGGAGAAUAAGGUUUUUAAUCUCCAUUAUAAAGGUUAUACAAGCCCUUAAAUUUCCUACUUUUAAGAAAUAACCUUUCAGGUAAAACAAAUAUCUAGGAAUAUUGCCUGACUAGUAUUCUUAGAAAAUUAUAUUGGACAAUUUGUAGCUAAAAAAAUUACAUGUUAAAGUUAAGUCCAUUCUGUUGCUGUUAAUAUAAUAUCGCAAGAAAUUAUCAUAAAGAGCUGGCUUUAUUUCUCCAAGCAAGGCAAAUAAAAGUAUAAGUUGGACAUGCAUUAUCUAACAUAGCCAACAACACAAUUAUACAUAAGGAUAACCAAUUCAUCGAUAUCAACUCAUGA